AUGUUUGGAUGUGGGUCUGCUGUGACAUUUGGUGUUUUCCAAGUUUCAUUUCUUAAUCAUGAUGUUGGCAAGCAGCAUAGACACGAGCUGGCCAAGCAGUUUACGGCCAACAGCAGCGCGAAUACAGGCUCUGUCUUUUCGCACAUUACAGACAAUCCUUUCUUUACCGCCGGCUUCGGUCUCGCAGCGCUUGGAGUGGCGGCGCGUACAGGCCAGAAGGGACUCCAACAUGGCGCUGCUUUCGUGCGCAGGCGCAUGCUCGUUGACCUCGAGAUAACACGACAUGAUGAUGCCUAUCCAUGGCUCCUCCAAUGGAUGACCAACUACCACCGCGCACAACAAGCUGGCGUGAGACCACCCACGCAGAACGGCGUGCUCACCAAAUUCCUCAAUCGCAUCGAUCCUCGUAUGCAUCAUCUCCAGGUGCAGACCUACACCCCCCAAGAUGGGCCGUCGCACGCUGCCCACUUCUCCUUCGUGCCUGGGCCUGGAAAACACUUUCUGCGCUAUAAGAACGCCUUCAUCUUGGUGGACAGACAGCGAGAGCGCAACAGUCUGAACGUCAAGGAUGGUGUGCCCUUUGAGACCAUCAGUCUCACCACGUUGUAUUCACAUCGCGACAUCUUCGAGGACAUUUUCGCCGAGGCGCACCAGAUCUACCAGCAGUCACAGGAGGGCAAGACGGUGAUAUACAACUCAAUGGGCACUAUGUGGCAGCCUUUCGGCGACGCCAAGCGGAAACGGCCCUUGGACUCUGUGGUCCUCGAGCGUGGCGUGAAGGAGAGAAUCGUAGAGGAUAUGGAGGCCUUCAUUGCGUCACGCAAGUGGUAUCUUGAUCGCGGUAUUCCGUACAGAAGAGGCUACCUGCUCUAUGGUCCGCCUGGAACUGGCAAGAGCUCCUUCAUCCAGGCUGUCGCAGGCCAUCUAGAUUUCAACAUUGCCAUCUUGAACGUCAGCGAGCGGGGCUUGACAGAUGACAGGCUCAACCAUCUGUUGACCAAGGUACCGCGUCGCACAGUAGUGCUGCUGGAGGAUGUUGACGUUGCGUUUAUGAACAGGAAGACGCCUGGGCCAGAUGGAUUCGCUAGCGCAUCUGUUACUUUCUCAGGCCUGCUCAACGCGCUAGAUGGGGUAGCGAGUGCUGAAGAACGCAUCAUCUUCCUGACGACAAAUCAUGUGGAGAGGCUUGAUGAGGCGUUAAUUCGGCCGGGGCGUGUUGACAUGACAGUUCGUCUUGGCGAGGCAACCGAGUACCAGAUCGAACAGUUGUGGGACCGCUUCUACGCGGAGUUUGAUGGGAGCGGUGAAGCGAAGCAGCGAUUCAUGGCCAGGGUCCGAGAACUUGAUCUCAUAGACUCUGUGAGUACGGCGGCAUUGCAGGGAUUGUUUUUGUAUAACAAGGACGAUGUUGAGGGUGCCAUCGCCAUGCUUGAGGGCCUCACCGCUGGUUACCAUCAACGCGAAGGACAUGUGGGCAUACCUGGCCACGUGGACGUUCAACAAAGCGGUCAUCAGUAG